CUGGUGAAGCCAAAGUAUGAACAAAUAAAAGUGCUCUAAAGAUGGUGGUGAAGGGUUUUGUAUUCUUAAAAAAAUUAAUUGCUUAAAACAAAAUAACAAUGGUAGGCGAGAGAAAACCACCAAAUACAGUGAUAUGUACAAAAGACCUUACAAAGGUCUCGCUAGCUGAAUUUCUGAGAUAUUAUGAGCAAGCCAUAAGUGAAGAACAAGCCUGGGCUAUCUGUUUCCAGUCCUGCUGUAAAAUGAAUCAGAUGUUAGCUCAAGGAUUGGACUCUCUGUUACAAAUGGUAGUCUUAGAUAUUGAUAACCUCUACAUCCAUUCUGAUGGUAGUGUGUCUUUCAGUGUGCCACAUAACUCUGAUGACCACAUAUGCCAACAGUCAAGGGAAUCCUUGGAAGAUAAGCUUGCAGAAGAACUGGGAAUGCUGAUCUACAAAGCUUUGGACUGGGGCAUUGAGAGUCACCUGGAGAGAGACCUGAGUGAGUCCCUGGAGAAGCUCAUACGUUUUCUGGUCAAGAUAGACACAGAGACCACAAAAACAGCAGUCACCUUCCAGGAUGUCAUCAAGCUCUGUGAAGAUCACUUCCUAAAGCCUUCUGAAGCUGCUAGUCAUUACACAAUGAUUUGCAAACUGCUCUUCGCAGAGUACAGUGAGCUUCAGAAACUCAUGGUCACCAUACAGAGUUGCAAAAAGUAUUUGGGCACAGUGGAUGCGGAAGAUUGUUCUGCAAAGGACAAAGCAAAAGACUGGGUUGGCUUGUGGCAAAAUGUACUUGGUGAUUUGCGGAAGGGAGUGAGGUUACAUAAGUUCAUAAAGCAACCAAGGCCUGAGACUCCCACAGAAGAGGGCAUUCGUUCAUCUUAUAGCACAGUGGUGGAUGAUAUAAAAAACAAACGCUACGCCCUCCACAAAGCAUCGACACGAAAACUAAAAGACAGACCUUGCCAAGAGCCCAGCCUCCAUGAUCAACUCAUGAUGGAAGUGAGAAACCCACCAAAGCUUCAGCCCACCUUCAAAGUUAGUAGUGGCAAGUACAAAGAAGAAUUUUGGAAGUUUACCUUAAAUGCUCCAUGUGAUAGAACUGUCUGUGGCCAAAACAUCAGUACAAGAGACUUUUCAAAGGCUAAAAAAGCUCGGUUGAAUUGCAUCCCAUCAGAUCCAGAACUUAAGAAGUCGUCUAUGAGAUGGUCAUUGCCAACAAUUGCAGAUUUGAUGGGAACAAGAUGCUCAGAAAUAAAGGAUUGCUGCCAAAAAGACAUUUGGAAUGUAUCUUCAAGGGCCCAGGUUUGUCUCAUUUGCCAUAACCCCUACUUUAUAUGGCCUUAUGUAUGCCAUCUGUGCAGCAGAGUGAUCUGCACAGAUUGCUGUACCAAAAUGUCUAUGCCAGUAAGACCCUGUGUACGGCUUCCACUUAACUUAUUUGUAGCGGUGCAGUUUGGCAGAGAAGACAUGGCCCUGAAGGAUCAGAAAAUUGAGCAGCUACUACAUGAAACAGAAAACUGGGUUCCAUCAAAAAUCCCUCUUGUGUUUGAACCCCACUGUUCACCUCCACCCCUGGUCUGUCACACAAAAAGCAUGAUGGACUGGCCUUUUAUGGACAUCUGUAUCAAAUGUGAACAAUAUCUGCUGAGGAUCCUUUCCCUUAAGCCUCCCUGCAGGAAAAGAUCCUUGUCGUGGACUGAACUGAAAUAAUCGCUCCCCAAUGUAAAAGAAGGCAAAUAUAAGCGGUGAUUGUAAUACCUAAAUAGUUUUUUCUCUUUUCCAGUUCUGAAAGGCUAAAUAAUGUCCACUUGAUCAGGAAAGUUCCACUUUAGAAAGAAAAACAUGUCUCACUAAUUUCUUUACAUGGCAUGAAUAAAUAUUGAACCAUUUUUGUAUA